AUGUCGGAGUUCAACGAAUCGCACGAGAUGCAGAACCAGUGGGUGCAGCUGUACCCGCCGCCCGUUCUGUUCGACCUUGGGAUUACCGUCAUUCUCAAAGACAGGGAGCCGGCCGCUAGCAAGCUACUGUCGUUCCUGGAGGAGCACGCGCUGCUGGUGGUGGUGGUGGGGGAGAGGGAGUGCCGAGCCGCGCAGCUGUUGUCAUUCCUGGAGGAGCAUGCGUUGCUGCUGGUGCUGGGAGAAAGGGAGCUCUCCCUACCCCUGCCCACCCUGCUGCCCUCCCCCUCCGGCAUCACCGCCUUCAAUACAAGCACAUCCGCUGCAAGCACAUUCGCUGCCAGUGGCGGUAGUGCUGCUGGUGCUGCUGGUGGCAAUACUGGAUCUUUCAGCACUGCCACUGCAUCACAGUCAGCAGCAGCCCAGUCAGCAGCAGCAGGCAAGCUAGCAUCGGUACAGUCAGCGUCAGCGGCACAGCUGGCAGCGGCGGCAGGGGGUGGGAGGGGUGGGGGUGUAAGCGGUGUGGGUGGAGGAGGGGAGGCGGUGUCGGCAGCUGCAAUGGCAGCGCUGCCUGGUGGGCUGCGGGCGCAGCUGGUCUCUGCUAUCACAUCUGUCUUCAUCCAGGCACCAAAAACAUCAGCAGCGGCAGCAGCAGCGCUGCCUGCUGGGCUGCGGGCAGACACAGCUAGUGUCUGCAGUUGCAGCCGUCUUCCUACAGGUGUGUACCGUGCUGCUGCUGCUGCUGCUGCUGCUGCUGCUGCUGCUGCUGCUGCUGCUGCUGCUGCUGCUGCUGCUGCUGCUGCUGCUGCUGCUGCUGCUGCUGCUGCUGCUGCUGCUGCUGCUGCUGCUGCUGCUGCUGCUGCUGCUGCUGCUGCUGCUGCGGUGUGUAAAAGAGUGGAGCUCGAGGCAAUGGAUCUUUGUCCUGAUCUCAUCGCCUCCCUUGUCGUCCUGCUGCUCUCCAACCCCCCAUUCCUCCCCUACCCCCUCGCCCACCUCUCAUCUUCUCUCUCCUCAGCUCGAGGCAAUGGAUCUCUUUCCUGA